GGCCACACUAUCACAUUGUAUCGAUUCGGAGGGAGUUGAAUUUUUGCACGUAUUUGAAAGCGCAAAGAUGCGAAACAAAGAGCAGGAUAUCGAAUGAAAGAGCUCCUGCGAGACCAGGACUAGUUGCCUAACCACCAUGGAAAUACCCAUUCAGGUAGCGGUGCGCAUCUUCCCGCAUAGAGAGCUCAAGGACUUGUUGAGGAGCUUCGGCCCCACAGAGCCCAAAAAGGAUGCGCAGGCGGUGGAUGAGGGGGCGGACUCCAAGGACUCCGAGGCUCAAGUUCCGGCGGCUGAGAAGGACAAUCCGUCAAUUUCAGAGACGGACCCAAACGGGAAUGCUGAGCAGGACAGUGCGGCCGAUUCGAAGACAAUUCCAGAUGCCAAUGGCAACGACAGUGGUCAGAAGGAUUACCCAGACUCCGCAUAUUGCGUUCAGGCUAUUCCCAUCAGCGCUUCGGCCCUGGGAUUGCCCAGUGCCCUGCCAGGCGGAGAUCCCAUGGACAGCAUUGCAGCUGGACUGAUACAAGUCGGUCCCCACACGGUUCCGGUCACCCACGCCCUGCCCAGCAGCAGCUCCCAGGAGCAAGUGUACCACCAGACGGUCUUUCCGCUCAUCACCCUGUUCCUGGAAGGUUUCGACGCAUCUGUAGUCACCUAUGGCCAGAGGGGCCAGGGCAAAAGCUACACACUCUACGGAAACGUCCAGGACCCUACUCUGACGGAUUCCACCGAAGGAGUCGUCCAACUUUGUGUCCGUGACAUUUUCUCACACAUAUCGUUGCACCCAGAACGCACCUAUGCCAUCAACGUGGGAUUCGUGGAAAUUUGCGGAGGUGAUGUCUGCGACUUGUUGGGCAUGGGAAACAUACACUGCACCAACGUAGAUGCCGUCUUCCACUGGUUGCAGGUGGGUCUGUCGGCCCGCCAAUCGUUGCCGGCGCACACCCUGUUCACGCUUACCCUGGAGCAGCAGUGGGUGUCCAAGGAGGGGCUGUUGCAGCACCGCUUGUCCACGGCCAGUUUCUCGGAUCUCUGCGGCACAGAGAGAUGUGGAGACCAGCCACCGGGACGUCCUCUCGAUGCUGGCCUGUGUAUGCUGGAGCAGGUGAUCAGUACUCUCACAGAUCCAGGCCUCAUGUACGGGGUUAAUGGCAACAUUCCGUACGGUCAGACCACGCUCACCACUCUCCUGAAGGACUCGUUCGGCGGACGGGCUCAGACGCUCGUGAUCCUGUGCGUGUCACCGCUGGAAGAGCACUUGCCCGAAACUCUUGGCAACCUGCAGUUCGCCUUUAAGGUGCAGUGCGUACGUAAUUUUGUAAUUAUGAACACCUACUCCGACGACAACACGAUGAUCGUUCAGCCGGCUGAGCCUGUUCCCGAAUCCAAUUCCUCUGCUGGACCCUUGUCGCAGGCGGGACCAGGGGACAACUUUGGCCUACAAUUCGCAGCAAGCCAAUGGUCCAAACUAGUUACCAACGCCGAGGGGCUAUUUUCCAAGCUGAUAGACUCCAAGCUAAUUACUGAAGUGGAGAAGGAGCAGAUCGAGGAGUGGCUCUUCCUCAAGCAGGAGUGCGAGGAGUGUCUCAGCUCAACAGAGGCUAUGCGUCAGCAAAAACAGUUGGUUCCCAUUCUGGAGGCCGAGGAGCCCGAGGACGUGAAUUCUGAAGCAGCCAAUUCGGAGUCGCCAAACUCCGACAACGAAAACGACACAGACAAUGAGUCGCAUCGGCCCGAUCUGGACGACAAGAUAGAAAGUCUAAUGGAAGAGUUUCGCGACAAAACAGACGCUCUUAUACUUGAAAAACACGCUGAAUAUCUAUCCAAGCAUCCGAAGGCGGUUAUGCAAAGCCAAGACCGCGAGAUUGAGGCACAGCCGCCAGAAGAAAAUGGUGAUGAUCGAAAAGUCAGCAUUGGCAGUCGCAGGAGAAGUGUUCAGCCAGGUGCUAGCUUAAGUACUGCUGAGCUUGCCAUGCUUAAUCGGGUAGCUUCCCAGCAGCCGCCUCCGCCCAUCGAUCCUGAGUCGGUCGUCGAUCCUCUGGAAAGUUCUUCGGGCGAAGGAAUCCGUCAGGCGGCUCUCGCUGCCGCCGCCGCCACUGCUCCUAUUGAACAGCUGCAGAAAAAAUUGCGCAAACUGGUCGCUGAGAUCGAGGGCAAGCAACGACAGUUACGGGAAAUCGAAGAGACAAUCCAGGUAAAACAAAAUAUAAUCGCCGAAUUGGUCAAGAACAGCGAUACACGCAGCCAUGCAAAGCAAAGAUUUCACAAGAAACGUGCCAAACUUGAGGCCGAGUGCGACAAGGCCAAGAAGCAGUUAGGUAAGGCGCUAGUUCAAGGCCGGGAUCAGUCGGAGAUUGAGCGAUGGACCACGAUAAUCGGACAUCUCGAGCGUCGACUAGAAGACCUCAGCUCAAUGAAGCAUAUUGCGGGUGAGAGCGGACAGAAGGUGAAGAAGCUACAGCAAUCGGUGGGCGAGUCGCGAAAACAGGCCGAUGAUUUACAGAAAAAGCUUCGAAAGGAGUGCAAGCUGCGCUGCCAGAUGGAGGCGGAGCUGGCCAAACUACGAGAAUCCAGGGAGACUGGCAAAGAGCUAGUGAAGGCGCAAGGUUCUCCCGAGCAACAAGGCCGCCAGUUAAAGGCAGUACAGGCUAGGAUUACGCACCUUAAUCACAUUUUACGCGAGAAGUCGGAUAACCUGGAGGAGCAGCCGGGACCAGAACAGCAGGAGACCUUGCGUCAUGAGAUCCGCAACUUGCGCGGAACUCGUGACUUGUUGUUGGAAGAACGCUGUCAUUUGGACCGCAAACUUAAGCGGGACAAGGUGCUGACGCAAAAGGAGGAGCGCAAGCUGCUCGAGUGCGAUGAGGCCAUCGAGGCCAUAGAUGCGGCCAUAGAAUUCAAGAACGAGAUGAUCACGGGCCACCGCUCCAUCGACACGAGCGACCGAAUUCAGCGGGAGAAGGGAGAACAGAUGCUGAUGGCACGCCUAAAUCGUCUCUCAACGGAGGAGAUGCGAACACUUCUGUACAAAUACUUCACGAAGGUUAUCGAUUUGCGCGACUCUUCACGAAAGCUGGAGCUGCAGCUGGUGCAGUUGGAGCGUGAGCGGGAUGCCUGGGAGUGGAAGGAGCGUGUUCUGUCCAAUGCCGUGCGCCAGGCUAGACUGGAAGGCGAACGGAAUGCGGUGCUGCUGCAGCGCCAGCACGAAAUGAAACUCACUUUGAUGCUGCGUCACAUGGCGGAGGAAACGUCGGCCAGUUCGGCCAGCUACGGAGAACGAGCUUUGGCCCCUGCCUGUGUCGCCCCGCCGGUGCAGGCCAGUAGUGAUUUCGACUACGAUCAUUUCUACAAAGGUGGCGGCAAUCCAAGCAAGGCACUGAUCAAAGCGCCAAAGCCGAUGCCCACCGGCUCGGCGCUAGACAAAUACAAGGACAAAGAGCAACGCAGCGGACGCAACAUCUUUGCCAAGUUCCAUGUGCUCACCAGAUAUGCGUCAGCUGCCGCAGCCGGUUCCUCAGGGUCCACGGCCGAGGAAUCCACGGCCCUGAUUGAGUCAACCACCACGGCCACGGCAACCACUACGUCGACAACCACCACUGGAGCCGUAGGAAAAGUGAAGGACAAGGCCCUGGUCAGCUUCAGGCCGGAGCAGCUGAAGCGUCUGAUGCCAGCUCCGACGGCCACGAAAGUGACGCGUCAGAAGAACAAGAUAAUUAUCCAGGACGCAAGUCGUCGAAACUAAAUACGAAUUUAACCAUUUCCAGGACGAUAUUAUAAGGUUAAGCCAAAUAGCCAUAUACAAUUAAUAGCCAUGAGCUGAAAUCCAGCCACUUUAAUAAUUAAGGCGAUAAUAUAAAAAAAUGCUUAAAAAUGUAUAACAGAUUACUCCCAUAUACAUGCAUACAUUUUAAUCAAUAGUCCGACAUAUAUACCAGCUUGAAUUUAUUAGUUUACUGCUUGUCGUUUAACUUAUUAAAGUGGCUGGAGUUCGAUAUCUUUUUAAGUGUGAAGCAAUAGCUCAGAUCCUGGUAACAAGAACUGAACAAGUUUCGUCCACAGUCAUGACACAAAUAGACUACAACACAUGGUUCUCAUUCCGGCUCUUUAGCUGGGGAGCAUUUAUUUUAGAAACCCCCACACGUACAUACACCUAGCAUAUGAAAGUAACUAUCCUCAUGAGAUUCAACCGUAAAGACUUGACCUGCUACUUAAGAUACUCGCAAGACAAACCGUACACAAAACUCGCUCAAAGUGUUGACCUAAGUCUCCGCAUUGUUUAACUUGUACAUAACAAUAAUUAUUAGGUAACCACUUAAUUUUAAUUGAUUUUGUUAGUUUUAGCUUAGUUGUAAACACUAUUGUGUCUUCCCUCGAAUUUUAAUUGACCUUCGAUACCAAUUACAACAUACGUACUCCAUACCCAAGUGUUAACCUUUAAUAUUCUAUCAAAAGCAUUUACUCUGUACAACUUAUAAAUGCUUCAAAUCGCAGUAUUUGCGCUAAUCCAAUACUCAUUUUGCAUUAACUUAAAAUUAAAAUUCAAUACUGUUUGGUUGUGUACAACGUAUUUUUUAUUGUCCAUUGAUAUAGAUGCAGUUUGCACUGUACUCCGAGUAACUUAAAUUGAUAUUAAUGUAUGUAUGUUCCCUCAAUAUCAGCGUGUGAAAAAUUAUAAACACAUUUGUAAGCAUACAUAUUCCGCCAAAUCGCUCGGCAUGGCUUUGUGUGGAUAUUGUUGGUUAAGCAAAUAAAUAUAUACAAAC